UGUCAGCCUGGCGCUGAUUCUUGAACCUGUGGAAUGCCUUCUGAAACCAUCUUUUAAAAGAAGCCUUCCUGUUGCUUUUUCCAAAUAGAAAACUCAUCACGUUGAUUCGUCUCGUAGUGACUCUAAAGGACAGAGUAGAACUGUUCCUCUGGUCUUCUUUAUAGAAUUCUGAUUCCAGCUAUGUUUUACAUUACUGCACAGUGCUCUCCAUAAAACUCAGAUAUGCCCACUGUUGAGAGUGAAGCCAAAGUGAAAACCAAAGCUCGCUUUGAGGAGUUGCUGAAGAGCCACAAUGAUCUGGCACGGGAAAGGAAGAAGCUGCGGAGAAAGAUCGCCAGAUCCGGAGAGAGCAUCUCCAGUGACCCUUUUAGAUGCAGCCUUCAGAAUACUAAAGAGACCGACAGUGAUGACGGAAGCGUCACUAGCGCUGAUAAUCCUGAGAAGAGUGUGCGCAUCUCCAAAAACAAGCUCAAGAAUGCGCAACCGAUUGAAAAUCCAAUUGAUGAUGCUUGUGUAGAGGGGGGGAAACAGGGAAAGUCAAAGAAAAAGGUUACAAGAGCGAUGCUGCACGUGUCUACGCAGGACACGGACCUGGAGACGCGUGAGAGGAAAGUGGACCCCACACAGCAGAAAGCACGAGCAGCCUCCCAGUUGGGCGCUGCUCCGCUGAAGAGCGAGAAGACAGAUGAAGGAAGGGAGCGUAAUGAUAUCGCUGAGGAAGAAGAGCUACUGCACGUCUAUCAGCUCCAGGUCGCUGAAGAAAUGGCUAAGGAAAUUAAGAAGAAAAUACGAAGGAAACUGAAAGAACAGUUGACCUAUUUUCCUCCAGAUACUUCCCUGCAGGAUGACCAAUCGAGCACUGAGAAAAGGAUAAAGAAAAAGAAGAAAGUUCCAGUCCCGUCGAAAGCUGAAGCAAGACCGUUGACCACCUCUGAACUUGAACGUGACAAAGUUGAAAGUGAACAAAAGAAGGACCCUCCCGUUGGAGCAGUAACUUUAGAUUCCCAUCAAGAUGAUGAGCUGAACACAACCCAACAACAUGUAGAAGAUGGCACGGAAGAUGACAAAAAACCCCAGCCCCCCAACAUAAAGAAGAAGGCCAAAGCAGUUUCAGAUGAUCACGAAGACACUGAUGGUGAUGGUGUUCAUGAAGUAACAAGUCGAGAUAGCCCAGUGUACCCCAAAUGCUUGCUUGAUGACAACCUUGUCCUGGGAGUUUACGUUCAUCGAACCGACCGACUCAAAUCAGAUUUUAUGAUUUCUCACCCAAUGGUAAAAAUUCAUGUGGUUGAUGCGAAUACGGGUCAAUAUGUCAAGAAAGACGAUAGCGAACGGUCUGUUUCAUCAUACUAUGAGAAAGAGAAUGUGGAUUAUAUUCUUCCUAUUAUGACCCAGCCGUAUGAUUUUAAACAGUUAAAAUCAAGACUUCCAGAAUGGGAAGAACAGAUUAUAUUUAAUGAAAACUUUCCCUAUUUGCUUCGUGAUCUUGACGAGAGCCCUAAAGUUAUACUAUUCUUCGAGAUUCUCGACUUCUUAAGCAUGGAUGAAAUUAGGAAUAACUCGGAGGUUCAAAACCGAGCGUGUGGUUUUCGGAAAAUUGCCUGGGCAUUUCUGAAGCUUCUAGGAGCCAAUGGAAAUGUAAACAUCAAUUCGAAACUUCGCUUACAGCUUUAUUAUCCACCUGCCAAGCCUCGAGCACCAUCAGAUGUUGUUGAGAUCUUUGAAUGGUGGUCCAAAUGUCCAAGAAAUCGCUAUCCAUCGACACUGUACGUAACUGUUCGAGGAUUGAAAGUCCCAGACUGUAUAAAACCCUCCUAUCGGUCUAUGAUGGCUCUUCAGGAGGAAAAAGGUAAACCAGUGUAUUGUGAGCGGCACUCUGAGUCGAGUCCAGUGGACUCAGAACCUGACAUGGAAGAUGCAAAGGAUGUCGUCAAGUGGAAACGACUGCCCGGACAGGCCUGCCGUAUCCCAAACAAGCACCUCUUUUCACUAAACGCCGGAGAACGAGGAUGUUUCUGCCUUGCUUUCUCCCAGAAUGGAAGAAUCCUAGCAGCAGCCUGUGCCAGCAGGGACGGCUACCCGGUCAUCUUGUACGAAAUCCCUACGGGACGAUUCAUGAGAGAGCUGUGUGGCCAUCUCAAUAUCAUUUAUGAUCUUUGCUGGUCAAAGGAUGACCGCUAUAUCCUGACUGCAUCGUCGGACGGCACAGCCAGGAUAUGGAAAAAUGAAAUAAACAAUACCAGUACUUUCCGAGUUUUGCCUCAUCCUUCCUUUGUUUACACGGCUAAAUUCCAUCCAGCUGUGAAGGAGCUGGUGGUGACAGGAUGCUAUGAUUCUGUGAUACGGAUAUGGAAAGUGGAUACAAGAGAGAAUCCUGCCAUAUUGAUCCGACAGUUUGACACUCACAAGAGUUUUAUCAACUCUCUCUGUUUUGAUACUGAAGGCCAUCACAUGUACUCGGGAGACUGCAUGGGCGUGAUUGUUGUGUGGAAUACCUACGUCAAAGCCAGCGAAGCACAGCACUCGGUGCGCCACUGGACUGUAAGCAAGGAAAUUAAAGAGAGUGAAUUUAAAGGUGUCCCAAUAAGCUAUUUGGAGGUUCAUCCCAAUGGGAAACGCUUGUUAAUCCACACCAAAGACAGUGCUUUGAGGAUUAUGGACCUCCGCAUAUUAGCAGCAAGGAAAUUUGUAGGUGCUGCGAAUUACCGGGAGAAGCUCCAUAGUACAUUGACACCAUGCGGGACUUUUCUUUUUGCUGGAAGUGAGGAUGGUAUCGUGUAUGUUUGGAACCCAGAAACAGGCGAACAGGUAGCAAUGUACUCUGACCUUCCUUUCAAGUCACCCAUUCGAGACAUCGCUUAUCACCCUCUCGAACAUUUGGUUGCGUUUUGUGCCUUUGGGCAGAAUGAGCCGAUUCUUCUUUAUAUUUAUGAUUUCCAUGUUGCCCAGCAAGAGGCAGAAAUGUUCAAGCGCUACAAUGGAACACUUCCAUUACCUGGAAUACACCAAAGUCAAGAUGCGCUAUGCACCUGCCCGAAGCUGCCUCAUCAAGGCUCUUUCCAGAUUGAUGACUUUUCCCACACUGCAAACUCCUCAUUGAAGAUGCAGCAAGUGAAACAGAGGCUGGAUUCUGUCACGGAGGUGAUCCGUGCCUGCGCUGCAAAGUGUGCUGCAUACGAUCCUUUUGCAAUGGCGGCUGACUGUACAAAGAAUAAAAGGUUUCACAUGUUGGAAGGGCUUUCUGGAGAAGGCCCGCCAGUCAACAGAAACCUCUCCUUAACUUCAGCCGCAUCCUCCUUACCCCAGCCCAAGUUAAAGCAGGCAAACUUGCUGUCCGCUCAUGAGAUGCUGCGCCCGUUUGGUUUCGCUCAGACUGGGAGUGUCAGCACAGAAAGAAGGCCCUGCAGCCAGCACGGAGACACAGCGCCAGCGAUGCAUGAUCUGACCACUGCUUACUCAGCCUCAGCUUCCCCUGCCCUUCCAACUAAGCCCUCUCUGCGAAGACCACGUUCCUCACCCUGUAUUCUCAACAAGGUAGUGGCUCUUUAUGACUACACAGCGAAUCGAUCAGAUGAACUCACCAUCCAUCGCGGAGACAUUAUCCGAGUGUUUUUCAAAGAUAAUGAAGACUGGUGGUACGGCAGCUUAGGGAAGGGCCAGGAAGGUUAUUUUCCAGCUAAUCAUGUGGCUAGUGAAACACUUUAUCAAGAACUGCCUCCAGAAAUAAAGGAGCGAUCCCCUCCUUUGAGCCCCAAGGAGAAAACCAAAACAGAAAAACCGUCUUCAGCUUCUCAAAAGCACUCACUGCUGAGGGGCAAGUCCUCGGACUUCAGACUGGGCUCGGAGACCAUGACACAUUCUGCCGUGAGCAAAAAGCAGAGCCGGGAGACCCGGGCACACACACUGGACAUGCAGGUGAAGAAGACUGAGCAGAUGGGCCGGAAAGUCACCUUAAUAGAGUAAAGAGUUGAAGAAAACUUCAGAGGCAAAGAAUCAGUUGAAUGGAAAUGAAACAACACAUUAACCCAAGUGCAAUGUCUCGUCAACGUUCAGAACUUAAAGAUACUAAGGGAAAAAGGAAGGAUCUGCUAUAUCUUGCCCUCAGGAGAGCAUCCAAGAAAAUGUGCAGCAGAGUAUGGGCGGAAAAACAAAUGUGGCCUUUGGGCUUAAUUGUUACAAAUCAGUGUGAUUGUUGUUGGCCAAAUGAUUGGUACUCUUAUGUAUCAAUGAUUGUAUCAGAGUUAUACGACCAUGAUUGGAAAACCCAUUAAGAAAAACAACUUACUCGUUACUAAGUAAACAUGAAGAGAAAGAGUUUGCUUUGUUAACAGAAUGCCAGUUAAGUAGUCCUGUAAUGUUAUUGCAUAUGUAUUGUGGUUAUGUGUAUGAAUGCUCAGAGUUGAACUUCAACUUUAUUUAAAAGAUAAAGCACCUUCAGAAUAUUGUGUACUCCAAAUGGUCUUUUAAGAAGUUAUUACUAUGGGAACUAUUUGCAUUUUUAGUAUUACAAUUUUGUAUUUGUUUUGAAAGAGUCAUGUGUAACUUGUAAUAUCCCUAAACCCAUAGGGGGUGUUUGUUGGACUGGUAACAUUCUUCUCAUUGUUUUUUUUAUGUCUUAAAAAUGUUUUUCAUAUUUAAACCAUGUAAGCAGUUUUUGGACUGACACUGUUUCAAUAUUUAUUUUAGUCUCAAUAUUUGUUCAUAAAUUAUCAUGUUGAAUUAUUUAUUUCAUUUGUUCCAGAAUAACAGUAUCAUUGGUACUGUCGUGACUCUAUAACUGUGCAUUUUGAAAUACGACAUUAUAACAGGAAAAUUCUUUUUUGGUUGCAUGUGUGUUUUUUCCCCUUUGAUUGUUCUUUUUCCAUAUGUGAUUCUAAAUCGGCUGAUAAAAUAUUUAACCCCAAGAUGAUUAAAAUUAGAAAAACUUUUUGCCAAAUUCUGAAAUUGGCUCCAUUAAAAUAAGAAGUGAGAAACCCAGCAUGGGCACUCGAGUGUAAAUUUUGUCCAGAUGUAUACCCGGUGGGCAAUAGCUCUAGUCAAAAUAUGUUUGGCCUUUUUCCCUGCACGUGUUUGGAGGCCCUAAAACUGGUAAGCAUGCCUCUGCUGUGUACAACCUUCUUGUUUGUGAUGAAGGCAUUUCACAAGCGGCAGUAGCACCGGUAUCCAUUGUGAGGUGGCACUAAGCACGUGGUGGAGACCCCCAUGUGUGUGUGUCAGGCCCAUCUGCGUCUGGCCAGCGUGCCCCCUUCAUGCAAGCUAUUUCUGUCUUGUGAGUGCACUUGACAAUUGAAAAAAUAAAAGCAUACCUCUGUCUGCAAUUUCA